UGAAGACAAAAUGAAAUGAAAACUAAACUCAAAUUCAAAUGAAAUUAAAACUGAAAGAAAAUGCUAUAAAUACACAUCAAGCUACAUACAUACAGUUUAUGCCAAACCCAAACCAGGUUCUAUAUUCUAAGGAGUAAGCAGAGGAAAACGCAAUGGAAUUGCACUUACUCAUAUUACUAUUAUUGUUAUUGUUAUAAUCUUCUUGAAUUUGUUUAUUUCUUGCUUCACUUUGCUACAACCGUCGCUAAAUAUCAUGGCGAAGGGUCGCAAAUUCAGCGCGAAUCGGAACGAGCGUUUGUUAGGAACAAACUAUAUCCAAAGCUCGUCUGUUAGUCAUGAAGUAACCGAUUUCAGGGAAGAAGACGUGUGGUCCGUGGUGGACGAUCGUGAUCGUGACCGUGAUGUGGAUUUCUCUCCCGGCGAGUGGGAUUCACGCGCUUCUUCGUGGAGUCGGGAGAGAGAGAAGGAACACCGGAAGUUUGGUGGUUUGUCGCAGGCGUUUGAGGAUUCCGGGAGUAAUGUUGCGACGACGACUACGUCGAGGAUCGUGCACCACCAAUACCGUGCUUCGCUGGGACGUAACGUGGCCACGUCAGCGCCGGUGAACGUGCCUGACUGGAGUAAGAUACUCCGGGUUGAGUCGGUGGAAUCGUUGCAUGAUAUGGAUGAUGGUUUUGAUGAGGACAAAUUGGAGAUGGUUCCGCCGCACGAGUAUUUGGCGCGUGGCCGGAAAAUGGCGGCAAACUCGGUUUUCGAAGGCGUGGGUCGGACUUUAAAGGGGCGUGACUUGAGACGGGUUCGUGAUGCUGUUUGGAACCAAACCGGGUUCGAUGGUUGAGAUGAACCGGUUUAAUAUAAUUCUAUUCAACCGGAUUAAUUCUUGUUUGUUUGCUAUCAACUUGUGUCAGUAAAAAAUUUGUUUCAUUUGGUUUUGUUUCAACUCGAUGGGUGGGUUUUUUUUGGACCGGGUUUAUAAGAAUCUAAUGCCGUGGCCAGUGAGGUUAAUUAAGCAAGUAAAUGUUUGCAAUUAGAAGUUGGAAUUUGGAUUAAGUUGGUCUGAUGAGUAUGAACAAUGUAAUCCAGUUUUUGGACAUAUCUAUAUUAUAUGAUUUUUUGUUAUAGAGAUA